UCACAGGAAAUGGCGUAGGAUUUGAAGGAAGCGGGCGGGCAGCGCGAAAAAAGAAAACAAAAGUGCGCUUGACUUUACUUGUUCGUUGGAUGUGUUUUGCCUGCCCGGUUUAUGUCUGCCGCGUUAAUUUUCGGAGCACUUAUAUACACGGCUUUCUGGCUUGAAUGACGGAUAAUGUCAGCUAAAACCACUCCUUUUUAAAGGGUUAACAAUGGAGACCCCCAAUUCAUUAAAGUCCAGACCAAUCUAUACAACACCAGAAGACAAGCUUACUUCUAGUGAACCACAAACCUCAACAAACAAGCAGACAUUGAGUGACACCCUUAGAGAGAGAUUAAGGAAAACCAGACGUUCCUUUACAUCGCCAUUCUCUGUGGCGAAACGGCUUAAAAUUGAUGAUGAUGCUAAAGUGGAAGCCGUGUCUCCAGUUCCCAAUGGAAGUUCAGACAAGAUGAGUAAUGAUAUUACUGGAGAGAAGGCAUUAUAUCACACUGUGAAGAAACAUAUAGCCUCCACUGAGCCACUUUCUGUUGACACAGACACUGGUGAAGUGAUUUCCUUGCGGUCCCAGUCUGUUUGCUUGCAAGCACUAGUUGAUCUGCCAGAAACGGAGCUUAAAAUUUUACAUGAUGCACUGAAGAAAGAAGUACAAGAGCAAGAAGAGACGCUUCGUAGACUGAGCAUGGCGAAAAUGUAUAGAGCAAAGAAUGACUUGGACGUGUUGCAGUGUCUGAUAAGUAAAUGGAGAUUAUGCAGCCAGUCAGUGCUGUAUGAGCUGCAGUCGGUUCUUCCUUCAGACAGCAGUAAGUUGAGUCUCACUCAGCUUAUUGAUGGCUUUGGACUCGAUGAUAAGAUACUGCACUAUGACAGAGUAAAGGAAGAGUUUCUGGAUAUGUAACCUGCCUAUGAUUAUUUAGAAUACAAUGAAAUGUGGUUGUUUUUUGAACAGCUCAGUUUCUUGCUAAAAUUCUAUAAGUUUAGUAUUUAGGUUCCAUAUUUAUAGUAUGUAUUUAACUUUUCCACACUUAAGAUAAAUAAAUGCCAUAUUGCCAAACUUGUAAAAUCAAAUUGCAGUCUAGUUCACUUGAUGCUUAGACCUAUCUAUUCCCUGUUAUUUCACAUAAGAAAUUCUAAUAUUGAUUUUGUUAGCAUACCUAGCAUGGUGAAUUUAUCUUGCUUUGAUAAGUAUGUUUUUGAUUUUGUUUUCUGCCCAUGGGAAUUACUGCUGGAUGUAACCAAAAGUAGUAGACAAAUUAGGCUUUUAGGUAACUUUAGUUUAUUUACACCUUUAUGAUAUAAUAACUUUAUUUACACCUUUAUGAUAUAACAAGUCCUAAAUUCACUAACUGACUAUUUUAUUUUAAUAAUAUUUGGUGCACUCUUUUUGAUAAUAUGAUUUUUGUUUGCCUUAUUUAAGAACUGAAAUAUAAACCUCAAGGCUGCAUCAUUUUUCCCCAAAUAUUUGUAAUUACCAUAAUGCCAGCUAUACACACCUAACUAUUCUGCUUUGAUUUGGAUUAAACAGGAACACAUCAAACCUUCUGAUUUUUAUUCAUUAUUAGAAUGAAGAAUGUUGGAAUUUUCAGUGUUCUAGUUGCACCAAAGCAGGAAAAGUUCUCAUCCUCAGUUUCUCAAGUUUAUCUUUUAGUAUGGCUGC